AUGGAUGACAUUUCGGUAGACUGCUCAUGGGCAGAUGCACAGCUGCAGCAGGACUCAAGUCUUGCUCUGCACCUUCCUCCGGAACUGAGGACUCAAAUCAUCGACGGACACGGCGAACGAUAUUUGAAGGCACUUUCCCAGGCUUCCCGACUCCCGCAAUGCACGGACAAGUUGUACGCGCUUUAUGAGCCUGCAUUUGUCGACAUUGCUGCCCGAUGGACGACUCUACAAUCUUACCAGCUGGGCGAUGCGAUUCUUACGGUUUCGACCUUGGCCCGGUUGCUUCCGUUUGCCCCAUACCUGAGGCCUCAUGCCUUCGAGAUCCUCGGAUCGCAAGCUCUACAGGACCUCCUAUCAAAACCUAUUCCAUCUGGCCACAGCAACAUCAAUAAUGACCAGCUCCUCGCGCUUCUUACGGCCGUCUUCCGUCUCCUCUCGUACAGACGCGAUGAUUUCGAGCGUUGUUUCCACCCCGUUUUCUUUACAUCUCUUCUUCGCCAUGAGUCAUUGCCCAUCCGCCAUCUGUCCGUCGAAUGUCUCUGUCUGGUCAUGCAUUUCGCCGAUGCCUUCUGUGACGACUUAUUGGCGAUGUACAUUGGCAAGCAGCCGGUGCUUGGUCGCUGGGAAGGAAUCAGUAUCGACUACAGAUUACUAAAACUCUGGGAGGAACGGCGAUGGAAGCAGGCCGAGGAGCAUAUACUAGAGACUAAUGUGAGGAGACUUGCCGAGCGCGGACGGCAUGAAGCAAAGCCCAUCCAGGAAAGCGACCUGCACGUGAGGGUGGCUCUUGUCGGUGGGGUGCUGGUCCCGCGGACGGAGAACGUGUCGGCUGGCCAAGGCACUUUCGUGCUCACGCCGAGUGCGGAAUCGAACCUAAGAUUGCUUGGUCAAGUCUUGCUCGAAGAGAAGCCCGUGCUUCUCGCCGGGCCGGCUGGUUCAGGCAAGUCGUCGCUUAUCGUUGAGGCUGCCAGAUUACUCAACAAACAAGAGUCUAUGAUCACGCUGCAUCUCAACGAACAGACUGAUGCAAAGUCAAUGAUCGGAUUGUACAUGUCCUCGUCAACAGGAGAUUCCUUUGUUUGGCAACCCGGUGUGCUCACCCGUGCGAUGCAACAAGGCAGGUGGGUGCUGAUUGAAGACAUUGAUCGCGCUCCAGCCGAGGUGUUGGGAGUUCUGAGACCAGUCAUCGAGAGCGGCUCUCUAUUCAUCCCCAAUCGUCGCCAAACCGUCAAGGCGGCGGAGGGCUUCCGACUUAUUGCGACAAUCAGAACUUCAGGCGAUGCUCCUUCGAGCAUCGCACCUCGGCACUCCUGGCUAACAAACACACGACUCUGGUCAGUAGUCACGGCUCGGAGCUACGAAAAUGAGGAGAUUGGUCUUUUACUAGACCAACGAUAUCCCGACCUGGCGUCGGUACGAGAGAUCAUACUGGAUGUACACCGACGGCUGGAUCUUUUGUACCGGGACAAUGCGGCGUUCAAGAUUGCUCAGAAUCGACUCCCUGCACUGCGAGAUCUCCUCAAAUGGUGCAAACGUAUUCAACAGCGGGUGUCUGGUCUGCAGCUCAAGCUCGCUACCAACCCAGUCCCAGAGAGUUUCCAAAUCGACGUGUUCAAAGAUGGCGCCAACUGCUAUGCCUCACACCUUAGCGACCCCUUCCUCUACAACAAAGUAGCUGAGUCGGUCGCCGAGGCUAUGAAUAUUGCUCCCCAGCAGAAAGACUUUUACCUUAAUCCGAUCGAAGACAUCAUUGCUGACACAGCCACGACGGUGAGGAUUGGCCGCAGUGUGCUGCCCAAGAUCUCUUCACGCCGCUCACAGGCUCGUAAACGACCCUUCGCCAAUACAGGUGCAGCACGCCGUGGCCUCGAGAAUGUUGCUGCAGGCAUUAGCUUUUCUGAAGCUUGCCUUCUUGUGGGCGAAACAGGUGUCGGUAAAACCUCGCUCGUUCAGCACAUUGCUUCUCUGGUCGGCCAGACCUUGCAUGUGGUGAACUUGUCUCAGCAGAGUGAGGUAUCUGACUUGCUUGGAGGUCUGAAACCUGUCACCACCAGGUCGUUGGUGUUGCCUCUGAUUGAACAAUUCAACAUCCUCUUCGACGAUACCUUCUCGGCGAGUCGAAAUAAGAAAUUCCAAGCCGCCGUGAACAAAGCCGUGACCAAGGAGAAUUGGUCAAGGUUGGCGAAGCUCUGGCAAGAGGCUGUCCAAAUGGCCGACAAAGCCUUAAAGAAGACCCUCAAGCCUAGUGCUGAGGCUGACGGUAGUGCUCCUGCGACAAAGCGUCGAAAGCUCGAAACUUCCAAGGUCGAGAACCUGAGACAGAGAUGGUCAGAGUUCAAUAACGCUAUCAAGCAAAUCCACGGCCAACUUGAGAAAGGGGACAAGAGUCACACUUUCACGUUCGUGGAAGGCAGGCUCGUUCAAGCAGUGCGUCAUGGUGAGUGGUUGUUGCUCGACGAAAUUAAUCUGGCAUCGUCAGAUACACUCGAUCACGUUGUUUCCCUACUGGGGGAUGUUGACGGGCAGAAGCCAUAUCUUCUCCUAACUGAGGCGGGUAAUGUCGAGAAGGUUGUGGCCCACCCAAACUUCAAGGUGUUCGCCGCGAUGAACCCUGCUACCGAUGCAGGCAAGAAGGAUCUGCCCCCAGCCUUGCGAUCACGAUUCACGGAACUUUAUGUGCAGUCUGGCGACGAUGAUGUCGACGACCUGGUCAAGAUUAUCCGGUCUUAUCUUGGCGACAACCUUGGCAGCGACAAGCGAGCCGCAUUAGACCUGGCUCGGACAUAUCAGGAAGUUCAGCACUUGAAUCAACAGCACCGACUGACGGACGGCGCUGGAGAUGCUCCGCAUUUCAGUAUUCGCUCCAUGGUACGUUGUCUGCUGUAUGUCAACCAACACAGCAAAAGUCAUGGUCUGCGGCGAAGUAUGUACGAAGGUUUCGCGAUGAGCUUCUUCACAGCAUUGAGUCGAGAGUCGGAAGCCCUGACAUUGCCUGUCGUUGAGAAGCAUCUGUUUUCGAACGUCAAGAACGUGAAGUCAUUUCUUGCUCAGCAACCUAAGCUUGCGCAUGCUCCAGGUGAGUUCAUCGCGUUCCGCCAUCAUCUCAUUGGCAAGGGGCCGAUGAGCCCUGACCUACAGCCGCAUUACAUUCGCACGUCUUCUGUGGAGAGGAACCUGAUGAAUCUUGCACGAGCCGCAUCAAUGCGUCGCUUUCCAAUUCUGCUGCAGGGACCUACCUCAGCUGGCAAAACAAGUAUGGUUGAGUAUUUAGCUAAGCUGUCUGGCAACAAGUUCGUCCGCAUUAACAACCACGAGCAUACCGACUUGCAAGAAUACCUCGGAAGCUACAUGUCUGAUAUAGACGGCAAGCUCCGCUUCAAGGAAGGUGUACUCGUCGACGCUCUACGUCAGGGCUAUUGGGUUGUGCUUGAUGAGCUCAAUCUUGCGCCAAGUGAUGUCCUAGAGGCACUCAAUCGCCUACUGGACGAUAACCGCGAGCUCCUGAUUCCAGAAACUCAAGAAAUUGUCCGGCCUCAUCCUAAUUUCAUGCUCUUCGCCACGCAGAACCCUGCAGGCAUGUAUGGCGGUCGCAAACGUUUGUCCAGGGCCUUCCGCAACCGCUUCUUGGAGAUUCACUUUGAUGACAUCCCCGAGGAUGAGCUCGAGGUGAUCCUGCGGGAACGUGCUCAAAUCGCCCCUUCUUUCUGCACUCAAAUCGUUGCGGUGUACAAGCGGCUGUCACUCCAGCGCCAGUCUUCCAGGCUCUUUGAGCAACGAAACAGCUUUGCCACUCUCCGUGACCUAUUCCGUUGGGCUUCCAGACCAGUCGAUGAUAGGCAGCAGCUUGCACAGCACGGCUUUAUGCUCUUGGGAGAGCGUGUCAGGGAGGCCUCGGAACGCGAAAUUGUCAAGAAUGCGAUAGAAGAGACAAUGAAGGUCAAGCUUGAUGAGGCAGCGUUGUACGGUACUAGUGCACUCUCUGACUCGAUACGCGAGACUUCUGGCAUCGUGUGGACUACAGCCAUGCGACGGCUGUUCGUCCUAGUCUCGGAGGCCUUGAAGAACAAAGAGCCGGUAUUGCUAGUCGGAGAGACUGGCUGCGGAAAGACGCAGAUUUGUCAAGUGGUUGCGACAGCCUUUGGUAGGCCCCUGAAUAUCUACAACGCUCACACCAACACUGAGACCGGCGACCUGAUUGGCUCGCAGCGUCCAAUUCGAUCGAGAGCGCAGAUGGCGGCGGACGUAAUUGAAAGCGUCCAGCCGCUUGUGAGUGUCCAGAUGAACGGAGCUCACACUGCAGCACUCGAUGCUGAUGACAUGAUCGCACGCUUUGCUCAGGUCGAUCAGUCCAAUGCAGAUCCAGAAUUGGUGCUGAAAGCAAAGCUGAGCAUCGGAGCAUAUCAAGCUCUUUUUGCUUGGAGCGAUGGAAGCCUCGUCCGGUCUAUGAAGAUUGGCGAGUAUUUCUUGCUGGACGAAAUCUCGCUCGCCGAUGACUCCGUUUUGGAACGCCUCAAUAGCGUGCUCGAACCUGCACGUACACUUGUACUCGCGGAGAAGGGGUCAGUUGACAAUGUAGUAGUGGCCCGGCCCGACUUUCAAUUCCUGGCUACCAUGAAUCCUGGCGGGGACUACGGCAAGCGAGAGCUAUCUGCAGCUCUUAGGAACCGUAUGACCGAGAUCUGGGUGCCGCCUCUCUCUCAGGAUGGUGAUGUGCUGCCUAUCGUCAAGGCCGUACUCGGCGACAGCAGUCAGCAUCUUGCACCACUAAUGCUCACGUUUACUGCAUGGUUCAAAUCAACCUUCCACAACUCAGCCAACACGACCAUUCCGCUUCGCGACUUGCUGACCUGGGCGAAGUUCGUCAACGCCGUGCCUGAACUUGGUCUCGAUGCGGCCUUUGUCCACGGAGCCGGCUUAGUGUUUGUGGACUCUCUCGGUGCAAAUCCCGCUGGCAUGACUACUCCAACCACAACCGAUGUGGCGAGCGCCCGUCGCUUAUGCAUUGAUUUUCUCCAGAGCCUAAUCGGCUCGAUUGAUGUCACGGCUUUGUACAACGCUAGACCAACAUUGACUGCUUCCGAUUAUGCUAUUGGUGUCGGCUCGUUUCAAUUACAGCGGGUACCAGGUGCUGUGGUCUCGACACCAGAACUGGUUUUCGAUGCACCCACCACGCUCAAGAACACCAUGCGGAUUGUCCGUGCGCUACAACUCGAUAGACCGAUUCUACUGGAGGGUAAUCCUGGCGUCGGCAAAACUGCGAUCGUCACGGCAUUGGCACAAGCCGUUGGCAAGCCCUUUACAAGGAUCAACCUGUCUGAUCAGACCGAUCUUAUGGACCUUUUCGGUGCUGACGCCCCGUCCGAGAAUGAGAGCCUAGGCAAAUUCUCCUGGAAGGACGGCCCGUUACUUCAAGCUAUGCAGACCGGUGGGUGGGUACUGCUUGACGAGAUGAAUCUGGCCUCGCAGUCCGUGCUUGAAGGGCUUAAUUCUUGUCUCGACCAUCGCAAGGAAGCGUAUAUUGCCGAGUUGGAUAAGACUUUUACCUGUCAUCCUGGCUUUAAGCUCUUUGCUGCUCAGAAUCCGCAUCAUCAGGGUGGUGGUCGCAAAGGCUUGCCGGCUUCAUUUGUCAAUCGCUUCACGGUUGUGUACGCCGACCCAUUCCUGGAGCAGGACUUGAUGGCAAUUUGCCGUGUGAAGUACCCUCAUGUUAGCGAGAGUCAGCUUGCCACGGUUGUGCGAACUGUUGCGGCGGCUGAUGAUCUGAUGCAACACGGCUCGGCUUUCUAUCAAGGCGGCCCGUGGGAAGUCAAUCUACGAGAUGUGAGUCGCUGGCUGGCACUUUGUGAGAAGCGACCGAAGUUCGACCCCAUGUAUCAUUUCGACACCGUGGUUCGCCAACGCUUUCGCAGUGUAGCGCAAGCGACUCCCUUGUCGAUUCUGGAGAAGCAGGUCACAGGUGACCCGCCCUUUGUGAGCUCCUACAGCAGACUUACUAGCCAGGCGCUUCAGAUUGGUACCGCGAUACUGAGACGCUCAAUUACAGACCAACAUCUCGGCACUUUAUUCAGCAUCCGACCAAAACAGCUACCUCAGGCCAAGUCUAUCAUCAGUGCUGUGGAGCAUGGCUGGCCAGUUAUUGUUACUGGGCCCGCCGACAGUGGCAAGACUGAGCUUAUCAGGUUCCUGGCUGCUGUGAGCGGCAAUGAGCUCGUCGAGAUUUCAAUGAAUGCUGAUAUUGACACUAUGGAUCUGCUUGGCGGAUUUGAACAGUAUGAUUCUAAGCGCGACCUCGAAACUGUCAAGGGUGAACUAUCGAGAAUCCUCUCUCGAGCUUGUCAAGAAGGACUCAUGCUAGCAAAUUCUCAGGUACCCAUGGGCGAGAUCGUGAGCGCAUGGCAAAUGUGUCAAUCUCCACUUGUUGACGCUGCAGUGCUUCUGUCAGCGCUCUCUUCCUUGGCGAAGUACGAACAGAUCGAAGGAUGCAUAAAGCAGCUGCAGGGGAUUCUCAACUCAGACCAGGACGGUCGAAGCCAGUUUGUGUGGAAUGAUGGUAUACUGAUUGACGCCAUUCAAAGCGGCUCGUGGGUUGUGCUCGACAAUGCAAACCUCUGUAAUGCCUCUGUCCUCGACCGACUCAAUUCCCUACUUGAGCCAGAUGGACAUUUGGUGAUCAGUGAACAGCAUGGCAGCGACGGAGGUGUACGGACGAUUACACCACACCCGAACUUCCGGAUCUUCCUGACCAUGAAUCCGAAGAGUGGCGAACUGUCGCGAGCAAUGCGGAAUCGGUCUCUUGAAGUCUACCUCGAUUCAAGUGACGAGGCUUUGGGAAUGUCGAGAACUUUGACAUAUCCUGUCGCAUCGAAAAUGAGCCGCUUACGCGACCUUUGUGCACAAGAACAACUGCCACACCUUCACGCCUUCGCAGACAACAUUGCCUUUGAGGAUGCGGAGCUGAUCACUGCUUCGUCUAAUGAGGAAAACACGAGUGACAUCUUCAAGGCUCUGGAACCAGUCAUUCGCCAUCAGCUGACACCAUCCAGCAGCUUUUGGGAUACACCGGUUCAGCUACAGGCCUUGGCCGAUGAAAAUCAAGGCCCUCUUGCACAGAUCAAUGCACAGCCCCAGUUUCUGCUUGUCAAUGAACCACUAUUUGGCGGUUGUGUCCAGCAAUCUCGUUUGGAACAGCUGCGCGACGCUGCUAAUCAAUGGCAGCUGCGCAAAUAUCUCACAAGAGUCUCUGUGCAAUUGGACCAUUCCGUCCAGCGAGCAAGCUCGCUCGUUAUGAAAGAGCUCACGGCGUUGGAUCGCUCCGCGCUUGUGUUACAGAAGAAAAAGACGAAAGUUCCAGACACACCCGCCGUUUUCCCAUUUGCGGAGGCUCUGCUCAAGCAACUCUUUCGGUCUUUGAAGGGCAUGAAAGGAAUGCCGACGGGUUAUAUGAGCAAGUCCACGGUCACAGCGGUUGCGCAUUUCUUGCUAGAUUUCGUUGAUCUCGCACAUGAGAGAAGCGUCGAUCCCGCACGCGUACAAGCCUACCUGCAGAUUGGCCACGACAUUGCGCUGCAACUUUUUCAGAGUGACAAUCAAUUAGCACAUGGCUUCCAACAAAGCCUACAGCACUUCGAUCUUGUGAUGUCAAAGUAUGGCCGUGGGUUGCAACGUUUCUGGGAAAGCUGGGGGUCUCAAGUACCGGAAAGCCUAGAGCAGCUAGAGAUCAAGCUGGCUCUCGAAGAUCUUCUGGUCCGCUUUGAUCGAGCGAUCGAGACUCUGCCGCAGUCGAGGGCCGAUAUGGGACUGGUCAAGAUGAGACUCCUCGACGCAGCUAACAGUAGCUGGGCCCUACCCGGCGCAGAUCAAGCUGUGGCCAGGUUUUCCGAAAGCAUUGGGGACCUCGAACGUCAGGCCGUCAGUGGCAACGCAGCCAAGAUCUACUUUGUUGACGUGUUUGAGCAGUUGUUGUGUCGGCUCCAGCUUGGGCAUGUGCUCAUAGCCAACCCUAGGAUGCUUUCGCUGCUCCCUUUCGUACAGGACAUGUCGCAAAUGGCCUCGCUAUCUGACGGUAAGCAUGAAGCAUCGGAAGCUCUCGCACAGCUCGCUGCGGUAAAGGGCAUGGUGGACGAAGAGGGUACCAAUCUGGCAUCUGAAGUGUUCUCAAAGCUCUCAACAAUCAAGUUGCAGCCUAUUCGGGCACUCGAUCAUCUCAAAGAGGAGCUGCUGCAGAUAGCGCAGACCUUUGCCUCAUCGUCGAGCUUGAUGACAAGAAGCAUGCUUGAUGAAGUUGCGAAGCGUGCCACAACUGUUUGCGCUGCAAUGCUGGACAGUCACCGGCAUUUGCUCUCUGACACGGCAUGUGCUUGCAUCAACUCGACCGAGGCUUCUGAUUUCGAUCGUCUGGCGAACUUGACAACAGAGGGAGUUUUCAUUGCUUCAGGCCAGAAUAUGUGGCUGGCCGACAUUUACGAUGCACAUUUCAGGCCAGCUAUCGCCCUUUUGGCUUGUCAUGAUCAUCGUGCGGAUGGUAUUGGAACAGCUCUUGUCCAUCUUGCUGCUGCCGCUCUAACUCUCAUUGUUCCGGACAAACCAUUCGACCCAGCGCUAUUGCCUCGAAUUGUAUCUGAGAGGCAUGUAGCAAGACGGGCUGAGCUUCAGCAGAGGAUUGCUUCACAGAUCAAUUUCAACCAAAAGACCUCAGGGCAGGACUCUAGCCUUGUAAGUCGGCUGCUUGAGCAAGAUCUGAAGGCUCUGGGUCCUGCCCCCCAUGUCAUGCUCGUGGCACGUCCGAAGGUGUCAAGCCUCGCAAGAGUGCACGAGGAGUUCUCGCUCAUAAUCCGGACUGUAUUACAGGGCACAGCUGUUCAUGACCUUCUGCGAGAGUCUCGUGGUGAUGAUCCCGAGAUAUUCCAUACGGAAGCUACCAAAUUUAGGGCUGCCAUAGAGCGCAUUGGCGAACGGCUCAACUCGAUUGAUCGUGCAUACGACGAUAUCGUCGUGCCCGUCAAGCAGCUACUACAGGUCCUUGGCGUCGGCAUCGAGCUUGUCGUUUCCGGUCAGGGCUCUCACGGACCGAAGAAGGCUGUGUCCAAUGCUGUUGUCCAUCUUCCUCUUAUGGGGCCCACGCCUCGCAGCGUUGAACAAUGGUCGCUGCAAAAUCUGAAGAAGAGUGAAUUCGAGCGGUUAGAGUGGAUCCGUCAUUUCGGACUGGGCGCAGCUCUGGAGAGCAAGCGCUCAAUAGCGCAGACCGGCGCCCGACUCGAUGAGUAUCUUACCGUCGUCGAUUCGUUCUACGUACAGUGGAAGGAGCGGCUGAGAGAAGACCAAGCCGAAGCUGAGACCAAGUCUCGAUACUACGCAUAUCGAGGCGGUGGGGAUGAGGAUACCGAUGCUGAACAACGAGAGAUGGCAGAGUUGUUUCCUGUCUUCGAAGACGCGUUUGAGAUGGACGAGCAAGCCUCUCCUGGGGUGUCCACCGACAACAGAAACAUUGCUCAACAACUGGCCUACAGCCACAACCUACUUUUCGGUAGCAGCCCGAGCUCGGCCCCGAGUGUACGCGAUCACGUUCAUUCAGUGCUGCAAGAACUCAGCCGCCGAGCGGAUGGCAUCUCGGUCCCUUUGCGUCAGAGCCUUCCUGCUAUGCUCCUGCAGAUGGAAAAGGAGACGCAGUUACUGGAGGAGCUGGACCGAGACAAGCUUUUCAACAUAUAUGCUGAUCCUAACAUCCGAGAGGUGCGCCAACUGCAGAAGCUGCUCCGGGCUGUCGAAGAGCGUUUCAGGGAGCUUGCGGCACGCUGGCCUGAACAUGCCAUUCCAACGGACGUUCUCGCUAUCUGUCAAGAGCUGAUGAGCUUCAAGCUGAACGAACCGUUGGCUAAACUACUCACCAAGACUGAGAAAUUACUUGAGGCCGUCGCCCAGUGGCAGAGCGUCGCUAGUCGUGAGUGGUCUGUGCUAGGACUGGUAGAAGAAAUCACAGCUCUGAUCAUUAGCUGGCGGCGACUCGAGCUGUCGUCGUGGUCAAGUUUGCUCGACCUAGAGAAAAGAAAGCAUGACGACAAUGCUGCUUCAUGGUUCUUCAUCGCCUACGAGUCUAUCGUCUACAAUUCACGAGCUAUUGUUGAUCAGGGUGGCGACCUCCAUGCAUACUGCAAUGAGCUUAUCAAGACUUUAGAGGAGUUCCUGAGGAGUGCGACGCUGGGUCAAUAUAUUCCACGGCUGACUCUUCUUCAAGGCUUUGGGGUCAUGCUUCGGGAGCUCAGUCGCGAGAACGACAAGCUUGUCCCCAUCGCAACAUGUGUAACGAAUAUCGUUCAGCACUAUGAACGGUACGGCGGUCACAUCGAGAAGACAAUGCAGACUAGUCGAGCAGACCUUGAGAAAGCGAUCACCGAACAGAUCAAGCUCGCCAGCUGGAAGGACACCAAUGUCACGGCACUGAAGGACAGUGCUCGGAGAUCGCAUCACAAGCUGUUCAAGAUAGUCAGGAAAUACCGCGCCCUUCUCAAUCAACCUAUUAGCAGCCUCAAGUCGGAAGAAUUACAAGACGAGAUGCCAGCACCAGCGGGUGAGGUACCUCCACCGGAGCAAAGCAACUUGCAACCUGCACUCGAAGUUUGCAGCCAGAAAAUCUUCGAAUGGCAAUUGCGACCGGAGCGCCUGCGAAACCCUACGGUAGCCGCUGCCGGCAUGAGACGGAUAUACACUGCACAAGAGGGAUCACUGGAUGUCCGACUAGAACUUAACAGCUUCAGAGAAGACCUUGGCAAGUCCAUCAAGGAGCUGAGAAAGGAGACUCCCUCAACGCUCACCGAAGAGAAUACUGCACUGGUCAAGCACUUGCGCGAACGCAAGCGUAGGCUCUUGGCUGACACCAUCAAAGACGUCUCCCAUAUGGGCAUUCGGCGGAAUCUCGCGACGGGUGAAUUGCAGCAACAGGCUUCACUCGCUGCUAUACUCUCGGCCGUCACGCCUCAGAGCAGUGUAAGACUGCUGCCGUCCACGGUCGACCAAGCCUUCCACGAAGUCCUCGACGCGAUGCCCACGGCUCGCAAUGCGUUGACUGAGCAUUCACCGGACCUCACGGAUGGUGAGAUAAGGCGUGGCAUCGGUCUGCUCGAGGGCUUGCUCUCGCACAGCAUCAAACAGCGAGAGGAGGUUUUGAAGUGCAACGCCGACUUGGAACGGCUGAAGAACGUACAAUCGAUGAUGUCGGAUCUGUGUGUUGCUCCAACAUCGAUUCGCACCGUUGCUACAGAAGUUUCAGGAGACGCCGAUCUUCGGUUGAGGCUCAAAUGGCUUCCAUCAAUCCUUGGACUUGCUGUGGAGGUACUGCAAUUCCAGGCUAACGCUGGGAAGCUGGACGUUGAAAGUCUGAUCAGCACCCUGCAAGCUGCUGCAGAUGACAUUCGUGGUUUUAAGGAAGCAUUCGCGGAACUGCGGACGUAUCCCAACGGACUUAUGGCGCAACGCAAUGAGGACCUGAAGCAAGAAAUCUGGCACCGGCUACAGGAGCUCGGAGUGAGUUUUCAGCAAUGGCAUGAAUCGGAGCCGAAUGUUGGAUAUCUGAUCGACCAGCUUCUCCCAUGGACCGUACGAGCUGAUGAACCAGUCAAUGGCACGACGACAGCUGGCAUCAACCAUCUCUCGCUCAACAGCAUCGAUCGGACCAUUCGAGACGCCACCGACACAGUCUUUGUAGCAUUGCAGCAACUGACCACAGUCAAAUCGAGGGCUGUGGCGGAUACUGAGGAUGCUGGUUGGCUGGUGCAGAACGACAAGCACUUCAAGGAGUCUAUACGAGCUCUGCAUCUGCCUGAAAUCGCGGAGAAGCUUUCUGGAUCGCUCGACAACCUACAGCAUCUCCAGCAUGAGAACCUGCCGCUCGCCGCUUCGCUGGUCGCGGUUGCAAGUCCGAUUUUCGAGCAAUUCUACCUUAUUUCAAAGCACGCAAUUGACAAGCAAGUGGCGGUACAUGUGCAGACAACACAGGUGGCCUGCUUCCUGGCGAAGACCUUCGCUACCGUUGCUCGAGAAGGAUUCUGUACUCCAUCUGAGCCAUCUGACGGUCAGGAACAGGCUGGUAAACUCGAAAGCGGCACGGGCCUGGGGGAGGGUGAGGGCGCGGAGGAUAUCAGUAAGGAUGUCGGAGCGGACGAGGACCUCUCGGAAUUUGCACAAGGCGAAAAGGGGGAUCAGGAGGACGAGAUUGAGGGUGCUGACGAUGCUGUCGACAUGGGUGCGGAUGAUCUCGAGGGUCAGAUGGGUGAUGCUGGCGAGAGACAAGAGGACGGCGACGAGAGCGGGAGCGAAGGUGAAGAAGGCGACAUGGACGAGGAGACCGGCAGCGUGGACGAUCUUGACCCGAAUACGGUCGAUGAAAAGAUGUGGGAUGAGGCGCAGAAGGAGGGUGAAAAGGACGAGAAGGAGUUGAAGGGCGAGAAGCAGCAGGGUGAGAAGACUCAAGAACAGACUGAAGCGGGUGAAGAGCGAGAAGAGGGCGAGAAUGAAGGAGAAGUCGAUGAAGGUGAGGCUGGUGAGGAGCUCGAGGAAGAUGACCAGGCGGGUGAGGGGAAGGCUGAGGCAGAACAUGCUGAUCCUCAUCUACAGGAGGAGCAAGCUCUGGAGCUGCCGGAAGAGUUGCAGCUUACUGGCGAGGAAGAGGGCAAGAGUGAUGGUGAAGAUGAUGAAGAGAUGAACGAGUUAAGCGACGUUGAGCAGCCGCCAGUGGAUGAAGGUAUGCCGGAGGAAAUCGAUAGUGUGGAUCAACCAGAUCGUGAGGAGCAGAAGGCGACGGAUGAGCAGGGCGGCGAGCAAGACGAGCAGGACGACGAUGUUGAGGGCAAGGCUCAGGAUGAUGACAUCGUGGAGGAUCAGUUAUCUGAAGGCGCUGAGGAUCAAGAGCAGGAGCAUGAGCAGCGCGAUGGUGAGAUGCAGCUUGAUGUGGACGAGCAGGACGGCGGUGAGAAGGGCGCCGCCAAUCAGCUUCAAGACGACGUCAAUCCUGAGCAGAGCACCGAAGGUCAGAACCAGGUCGAGCAGGCACAAGAUGACAAGCAGGCCCAAGGGGCCACUUCUGCGGACAAUGACGAUCAGGGCGAGUCUGGCAAGGGCGUUGUGGAGCGUGGUCGGGGCCGAGACGACAGCAACCCACAGCGGCAGCAGAAGGAGGCGCUGCGCAAAUUGGCCGAUGUACUCGAGCAGUGGCAUCAGCGGCGAGAGAUUUUGGAUCCCGCCGAAGAGAAGCAGGAGGCGAGGGCUGAGCAGGAUUUCGAUUUGGAUAUGAAGGAUGCAGACUUUGAGCAUCUCGAUGAGGAGGAGGACGAGGGAGAUGCUCAGGCACUUGGUGCCGCAGACGCCGGACAGACGCAGAACGUGGACUUGAGCAAGGCUAUCCAGGAUGAAGAGGCGCCGGUGGAAGAUGAUUCCGCCAUGCCGGACAUUCAGGACCUCGAGGAGGAGCAAGAACAGGCCACGGAGCGGCUCAAUCGGCUGCAGGCGAAUGCGGAUGCAAAUGCAGGCGCUGAGAGGCGGGAGGAUGGUGCUUUUGUUCCUGAUCAAGACCAUCGUCGCCAGCAGGGGGGCCAGGAGGGCGUCAACGAUGAGUCUGACGUUUCCGACACGGCUGACGGAGUCCAACAGUUGGCUCUUGAGACCGCACCGCCUUCGCCACCUACCUCCUCAGCCGAUGCAGCUCAACUGUGGAACUACUGCUCCACCAUCACGCACCAAUUCGCGCUCAUUCUCACGGAGCAGCUGCGCCUUAUUCUCCACCCAACCACUGCGACGAAGCUGCGAGGCGAUUUCCGCACGGGCAAGCGCCUGAAUCUCAAGCGGAUCAUCCCGUACAUCGCCUCGGGCUACAAGCGCGACAAGAUCUGGAUGCGGCGCAGCGUGCCGAGCAAGCGAAACUACCAGAUCUUGCUCGCGGUGGAUGACUCAAAAUCAAUGGCGGAGAGCGGCGCGGAUCUGCUGGCGCUGCAGACGACGGCGCUGCUCUGCAAGUCGCUCGCCAUGCUCGAGGUUGGCGAGGUGAGCGUCGUCGGCUUCGGCGAGCAGGAGAAGGUCACAGUGGCGCACCCGUUCGGCAGCGUGUGGUCCAGUGAGGCGGGCGUGAGUGUCUUUGAGAAACUCGGGUUCCGCCAGCAAGGGACGAAUGUUCGGCGACUGGUCAGGCAGAGUUUGGACAUGCUCCGCGACGCGAGGCUCAAGGCGCCGGGCGGCGGGGACGAGCUCUGGCAGCUGCAGAUCAUUGUGUCGGACGGGCAUUGCAGUGACCAUGACGAGAUCCGAAGGUUGGUGCGCCAGGCGAAGGAGGAGAGGGUUAUGAUCGUCUUUGUCAUCCUGGACAAUAUCAACAAGGCGCUUGGCUCGGGGCAGCGGUUUGUCACCACGUCCGAUGCUGCUGCUGCUACUGCGACCGGCGGGCGGCAGGAUGCGUCGAGGGAAAUCAACCAGGACCGCACGUGCGAGAGUAUCCUCGACCUCAAGGAGGCGGUGUUUGAGGAAGGGCCGGACGGGCAGAUGAAGGUGGUCACGCGCCGGUACCUGGAGAGGUUCCCGUUCGAGUACUACCUCGUGGUGAGGGAUGUUCGGGAGUUGCCUGGUGUGUUGGGGCGGUGUUUGAGGGGGUGGUUUGCUGAGGUUGAGGGCCGUUAA